AUGAGUGAGCAGUGGCACGUGCUCAAUAUGUGCCGCCAUCUGUUUUCUUUUUCGGUGCAGCUCCUUUUUGUGCUGUUGAUAUGCUUUGGCAGUGCGGCUGUGCACGCCGAGAGGAAUAAACCAAACGAAAUGCAAAUACCAGACCCUGUCUCUCUUUUUGUGCCGCAUCGAACGAUUGUGGAAACACAAGGUCAAAGUCAAACGAGGGAUUCUUUUGCCCACCCUUCCCUCGCCAGUGCUGGUGGAGUGUUGGUCGCACUUGCCGAGGGUAACAUCUUCUUUCAACACUCCCGUGAUAAUCAAACAUGGAUCACUUACGCUGAUAUUGUGGCUGGGUACGUUGACUCUGCGGAGAGCUGGCCGUCUUUUGUCGCUAAGGUCAGUGCAAACAAAUCGAAGGCGUACAACAUCUUUAACACGACCACGCAAGAGGAACAUAACGACCGUGUGAGAUAUGCGGUCCGACCCACAACAAUUGCAAAGGGCAACAAGGUCUUUCUACUUGUGGGAAACUAUCAUCAGAAGUAUGAUCCUUCAUCGAAGAAGUGGAUUGCAUCCUCACAGGGUCUUGAUUUGCUCGUGGGUGAGGCCACGCAAGAUAAAGUCAUCCAAUGGGGCAAAUCCACCUCGCUUGUACCGCAGAUCGAACCAUCUGCUAAACAACUUGACUUGGACCAGUUUAUUGGUUGUGGUGGCUCAGGCGUUGUGAUGGAGGAUGGCACACUUGUGUUUCCUGUGACGGCGAGGAAGAUAGGAGACGAUGAAUUUCUCGCCACGAUCAUUUAUUCGAAGGACGACGGCAAAAAUUGGGUGCUUCCACAUGGGGCGCUCCCUUUACGGUGCACUGACCCCCUCAUCGUUGAGUGGGAGCAUGGACAGCUUGUCAUGGUUGUCAAAUGCAUUUUUCUCUUGAGGGUGUUCGAGUCGAGGGACAUGGGGGCAACGUGGAAGGAGGCUGUCAGGACACUCACACGCGUGCAUCCCAGGGUUUUUCCGAACUCUUCGCGAACAGCUGAGAGAGUGGGGUCCAUCGCCACUGCGACCAUUGCAGGAAAGAAGGUCAUGCUGUACACUCAGAAAGGGAUUCUCCGUGAUGACCCGUUGCAAGCCACCGCGCUCUACCUUUGGGUCACUGACAACAACCGCACGUUUCACGUCGGGCCCAUUUCCAUGGACCCUUACACGACGCCGACGUCUGGCAACACCCUGCUCUAUUCGAAAAAUGCGUUGUACUUUUUACAAGAGAGGGGCUCUUUUAGGGAAAGCAGCCUGUUUCUUGCUCCCCUAACGGAACAGCUGAAGACGAUCACGUCCGUCUUGGAGACUUGGGCAAAACUGGACUCCUACCUCUCCGAGUUGUCGGUGCCCACGGCAGGUCUGGUUGGAUUUUUGUCGGAUGCAUCGGGUGAAGGAACGUGGAACGACGCGUACCGUUGCGUGAAUGCAACUGUGAGGAAUGCAACGAAGGUCGAAAAUGGCUUUAAUUUCACGGGGUCGGAAUCAUACGCCAUGUGGCCUGUGAACAUGUGGACGCAUCACUAUGUUGACAGCUUUGUGAAUUACGAGUUUACGCUUGUGGCGACGGUGAAGAUUCAUAAGGUUACGAACGAAAGCGUUCCUCUGCUGGGCGCGGGCCUGGAGGACAAGGGAAACAGGAAGUUUGUGGGGCUGUCGUACACGCCGGCAAACGAGUGGGGUACAGUCUUCGACGACUUGACAACAAUACGCAACAGCACUUGGGAGCUGGGGAAGGAGUACAAAGUGGCGCUCAUGCUGCAGGGCAACAAGGGCUCCGUGUACGUGGACGGCGUGCUCGUGGGGAAUACUAACAAACUACCACCCCUUAAGUUACGGAGGCAUGAUAUCUCUCACUUUUACUUUGGCGGCGGCGAAAACAGCAGUGUGACAGUAAAGAACGUCUUUUUGUACAACCGCCCACUGAAUGCGAUGGAACUCAAGGCGGUGGACAGCUACGAUGCCUCUGAGCAAAGUGCAGGUGACAGCUACGAUGCCUCUGAGCAGCGUGUAGGUGACAGCUACGAUGCCUCUGAGCAGCGUGUGGGUGACAGCUACGAUGCCUCUGAGCAACAUGCAGAUGGCAGCUACGAUGCCUCUGAGCAGCGUGUGGGUGACAGCUACGAUGCCUCUGAGCAACAUGCAGGUGACAGCUACGAUGCCUCUGAGCAGCGUGCAGGUGACAGCUACGAUGCCUCAGAGCAGCGUGUGGGUGACAGCUACGAUGCCUCUGAGCAACGUGCAGGUGACAGCUACGAUGCCUCUGAGCAACGUGCAGGUGACAGCUACGAUGCCUCUGAGCAGCGUGUGGGUGAC